CUCCGGAGCAAUUUGAAUUCGAGGAGUGGGCUUCGAUAACGUCGCUCGUCGAUUCUUGCUUUAAGGAAAGUCAUCUCGCAAAAAAUGGGAUCUGAGACGAUCGAGGAGAAUGAAAAUGAAACGUACGAGGUGGAGGAAGUGAUCCAGAAACGAAAACUUAGCACCGACAUGAACUACAAGCACAAGUUUCUCGUGCCUCACGUAAUUGUUCAUUCCCUUCUUCAGAUUGGAUGGUUAAUCGGCAUCUACACUGCGCUUUUUCAUAGCAAGCUCGCCACUAUACUAUGGGGAUUCCUCGUUGCAUUCCUGUCGAUUGAAGGAGUAGCUCUUGCUGCGCAUCGUGACUACAGCCACAGAAGCUACAAGCCAAGGUAUCCUUUGAAAGUUGGGUUAGUCAUCUUCCAAACAAUGGCUGGUCAGAAUAGUAUGUUCACAUGGGCAAGGGACCAUAAGCUUCAUCACAAAUACAGCGACACGGACGCAGAUCCUCACAAUUCAACUCGAGGAUUUUUCUUUUCUCAUAUAGGCUGGCUGAUGAUGAAGAAACACCCGUUGCUGUUACAGAAACAACGCGAAAUAGAUGUUUCGGAUUUAUUAAACGACAAGCUUAUCAUGUUCCAACACCGCUACUUUUUGUAUCUCUACUUUCCCCUGGCAAUGUUCUUCCCGGUGGCAGUACCAAUGUACUUUUGGAACGAGUCACUUUGGUCUUCCUUCUUCGUAGCCUACUGCUUACGAUACGUUACCACUCUGCACAUAACUUGGACUAUUAACUCGUUCGCGCACAUGUGGGGAUCGAAGCCUUAUGACAAGAGGAUCAGGGCAAGAGAAUCGUUCAUUUCCUCGUUGGCGACGCUCGGCGAAGGUUUCCACAAUUUCCAUCACAGUUUCCCGUGGGAUUAUCGAAUGACGGAUACAUUCAGUUUGUCCAGCUUGGUGCUCGAUCUACUCGCGUACCUUGGCCUAGCCUACGAUCUCAAAGUCGCGUUUCCGAGUAUCGUUCAGGGGCACAUAAAGAGGCAUGGUGAAAAAGCCGGUGGGGAGAUGACGAAGGAAGUCAUCGAGCUGAAGCAGGAACGAAAAGAGGAGAGCGUGCCAGGGCUGAAUGAAAAAUCGAUGUGAAAGCGUCGAUGGGGCGUCGUGUUAGUCGAGGAUGAAAUGUUCGUCUUGGUUU